AUGACGCUCGCCCCCUUCGUCGUGGCUCUGAUUUUAGGGGCGUUCCCCGAAGUGCUCAGCAAUGAUCCGGUCCUCAGUUAUCCCCUUCACCACCGCCACCGCCAUUCGCUCCCUCCCGGUCCCCAGUACCCUUAUUACCUUCCCACCCAGCCUCGGCAGCAGAGGACGCCUCCGUCACCUUCUGUCCCGCGCUCCCCGAUCCCCCCGCGGGCGCUCUCUGCCCAGCGCCUGCACGCCCUCCAGGCUGGGCACACCCCCCAGCCGCACCGCGGGGGCUGCCCCGCCGGCGAGCCGUGGGUCAACGUGACGGACUUCGGCGCCCCAUGUCUGCGCUGGGCAGAAGUGCCACCCUUCCUGGAGCGGUCGCCCCCGGCGGGCUGGGCUCAGCUGCAAGGGCAGCGCCACAACUUUUGCCGACGCCCCGACGGCGCUGGCAGACCCUGGUGCUUCUAUGGGAACGCCCACGGUAGAGUGGACUGGGGCUACUGCGACUGCAGACAUGGGUCCAUACAACUUCGUGGUGGCAAAAAUGAGUUUGAAGGCACAGUGGAAGUGUAUGCAAGUAGAGGCUGGGGCACAAUCUGUAGCAGCCACUGGGAUGAUUCUGAUGCUUCAGUCAUUUGUCGCCAGCUGCAGCUGGGAGGAAAAGGAAUAGCAAAACAAACUCCGUUUUCUGGAUUGGGCCUUAUUCCCAUUUAUUGGAGCAAUGUCCGUUGCCAAGGAGAUGAAGAAAAUAUACUGCUUUGUGAAAAAGACAUCUGGCAGGGUGGAGCGUGUCCUCAGAAGAUGGUAGCUGCUGUCACGUGUAGCUUUUCCCAUGGCCCAGCGUUCCCUGCCAUUCGCCUUGCUGGUGGGAGCAGUGCACAUGAAGGACGAGUGGAGCUCUAUCAUGCUGGCCAGUGGGGGACCAUCUGUGAUGACCAGUGGGAUGAUGCAGAUGCAGAAGUGAUCUGCAGGCAGCUGGGCCUCAGUGGCAUUGCCAAAGCAUGGAGUCAGGCAUAUUUUGGGGAAGGAUCUGGUCCAGUAAUGUUGGAUGAAGUACGCUGCACUGGGAAUGAACUUUCCAUUGAGCAGUGUCCAAAGAGUUCCUGGGGAGAGCAUAACUGUGGUCAUAAAGAAGAUGCUGGAGUGUCCUGUACCCCUCUGACAGAUGGGGUCAUCAGACUUGCAGGUGGAAAAGGCAGCCAUGAGGGUCGCUUGGAGGUGUUUUACAGGGGACAGUGGGGGACUGUCUGUGAUGAUGGCUGGACUGAGCUGAAUACAUAUGUGGUUUGUCGACAGCUGGGAUUUAAAUAUGGCAAACAAGCCUCUGCAAGCCAUUUUGAAGAAAUCAUGGGGCCCAUAUGGUUGGACGAGGUCAGCUGCUCAGGAAAGGAGACGAGUUUCCUUCAGUGUUCCAGGAGGCAGUGGGGAAGGCAUGACUGCAGCCAUCGGGAAGAUGUUAGUAUUGCCUGCUACCCUGGCAACAAUGGACACAGGCUUUCUCUGGGUUUUCCUAUCAGACUGAUGGAUGGAGAAAAUAAGAAAGAAGGACGAGUGGAGGUUUUUAUAAAUGGCCAGUGGGGAACAAUUUGUGAUGAUGGAUGGACUGAUAGAGACGCAGCUGUGAUCUGUCGACAGCUUGGCUAUAAGGGUCCUGCCAGAGCAAGAACCAUGGCUUAUUUUGGGGAAGGAAAAGGACCUAUUCAUGUCGAUAAUGUGAAGUGCACAGGAAACGAGAGGUCCCUGGCCGACUGUAUCAAACAAGAUAUUGGAAGACACAAUUGCCGCCACAGUGAAGAUGCAGGAGUUAUUUGUGAUUAUUUUGGCAAGAAAGCAUCAGGUAACAGUAACAAAGAGUCCCUCUCAUCUGUUUGUGGUUUGAGAUUACUUCCCCGUCGGCAGAAGCGGAUCAUUGGUGGGAAAAAUUCUUUAAGGGGUGGUUGGCCUUGGCAGGUUUCCCUCCGGCUGAAGUCAUCCCAUGGAGAUGGCAGGCUCCUCUGUGGGGCUACGCUCCUGAGUAGCUGCUGGAUCCUUACGGCAGCACACUGUUUCAAGAGGUAUGGUAACAGCACUAGGAACUAUGCUGUUCGGGUUGGGGAUUACCAUACUCUGGUACCAGAAGAGUUUGAAGAAGAAAUUGGAGUUCAGCAGAUUGUGAUUCACCGCGAGUAUCGACCAGACAGCAGUGACUACGACAUUGCCCUGGUUAGAUUACAAGGACCAGAAGAGCAAUGUGCCCGAUUCAGUAGCCACGUUUUGCCUGCUUGUUUACCACUCUGGAGAGAGAGGCCACAGAAAACGGCCUCCCACUGUUACAUAACAGGAUGGGGAGACACAGGACGAGCCUAUUCAAGAACACUACAACAAGCAGCCAUACCCUUACUUCCUAAGAGGUUUUGUGAAGAACGUUAUAAAGGUCGGUUUACAGGGAGGAUGAUCUGUGCUGGAAACCUCCAUGAACACAAACGCGUGGACAGCUGCCAGGGAGACAGUGGAGGACCACUCAUGUGCGAACGGCCUGGAGAGAGUUGGGUUGUGUUUGGGGUGACCUCCUGGGGGUAUGGCUGUGGAGCCAAGGAUUCUCCUGGUGUUUAUACCAAAGUCUCAGCCUUUGUACCUUGGAUAAAAGGUGUAACCAAACUGUAAUUCUUCAUGGAAACCUUAAGAGGAAACACUACUUAAAGAAACUGAUGGAAAACUCUUAACCCCCAUUAUUAGCACUCAGCCAGAGAUUAUAACAGGGAGAUCCAUGUUUCUGCUUUGUGUUGUGAUAAAAAGUAUCCCCUUGCUACUUGAAAAUCUGCGAUGUGAAUACUUUUUGUUACAAAUACCUCAGUGUAAUACUGAUUAUCCUUAAUUAGCACUGUUACCUACCCAAAUUUCACUGGAGAAUUCUUUAUCUUUCUGCCUAUUUCUCAGCAUUCUCGAGAUUAUUACUGAUUUUGCAGUAAGGCUGUCUACAUUUAUGUGGAUUGAGAACUCCUUAAAAUUGAAUCAAUAUGGUGCGCUACAUUCAAAAUAAGAGUCGCAUUUUCUAUUUAUGCUCAGAUCUUUUCAAAAGGCUGACAAGAAAUCUUCCCACCUUAUCUUUGUAGCCUUUGUCAAGUGAGGAAGUCAAAGACUAAAAAGGUAAAGGAAUUCCAUUAUAAACUUAUAGGCCAGAAUAGAAUCAUUAAGCAACAAGGACAUGUGCCUGUCACAAUACAUUCCUGAAUGAAGGGAUUUAACAUAUGGAAGCAAGUAUCCUUAAGUACAAACACUAUGGAACUAAAAAAAAAAAAGUUCUAGGUAUUGUGUGUGAAAUGCUAGCAAAAUCUGGAAGGAUAUCUGGUAACUUAAAAAAUGUUAGUUGGACAUACAACCUAAUUUAUUUAACAUAUUACCAGAUCUACUCUGAUAACUUUUAACCACUUCAUAUGUAUAACUUAGUAAGUAGAAUUAGAAAUGUUAACUUUUCCUUAGCAUCAUGAUCCGUUUUCUAGACCAUGAUGAAAGAGUGCCACCUACUGCAACUUUCUAGUAAUUGAUUUAUACCUAUAGGUUUCCCCAAGACUAACCUGCCACUAUCCAAAUAAAAAUACACUAGUAAAGAUGCUUUCCUGCCUAUACAUUGGAAGUUUUAAAACUGUUUCAAUUAAUACAUACACCAGUCAUCACACUCACUGCAUUAAGGAGCAAUGCGCUUGACUGACAAUUUAUAAAAGGCCAGUAAGACUUUAUACUAACCCUGGUUUUCAAAUAGGGUUAACAGGCUGGUUAAGUUUUGAAAAGAAGCCUCAGGGCUGACAAUGGGUAUUUUUCUCCCAUAGUUCUACUAGUCAAGGGAAGUUUCCCUUUGGCUAUUUCUCAGAGGUAAGGGACAGCUGUUUACUAUGCUUUAUAAGACAUUCUUGAUAGUAAUGCAAAAUCUGCCUAAAUAUAAAAGGCAAACCUCUCAAGAUAUUUAAGUAACACUCCCAGACAUGAGAAUUAUUGCUGAUGUCACAGAUCCUUCCCCAAAUCCCAAGUGGUUUAGAAAUAAUAAGAGGUUAGCAUGAACUUCAGGAUAGUUGCAAAUAACCCUUUUAAGUGGCUGUCAUUAAUAAGGGACUUUAGCUUUCCUUCCUAUAUCAAACUGUGUACCCCUUUUUGUAAAUUCCCAGUUUUAUAAAAACUGGUACAAACUUAAAGGUGCUUUAUAGUUUGCUACUUUUCAGAUUUGCAAUGCUAUGUGUCAGAUAUAACAGCAUUAAAAUUUUUCUAAAAGCCCAUGAUUUUGAUAAAGAACCUUUUUAAGCAACAUUUACAUGUAGGGCUACAUAUGGUACACACUCGCACAAGGGCUUGGGAAAAAUGUGCAAUAUAGGUGAGACUAUUUUUACUCAAACUUUCCCACAGGCUGCCGUGGUAAUUAAACUACAGUGCUGGUACAAGCAACACUUAUAUUCAGGUUUUAAGUAGACCAGGGAUUGGCAAACCGAAAAGGCAGUAAACAGGCAGGCCUGCAGCUUGUUCUAUCCUGAAGUAGAAUAGAUGGUUCUUAAAACAUGCCUUCAUUAUAGCCAGUUUUGUCUAAGUGUGAUUUUUAAAAGAUACAAGUGUUUGGUGCAUUUGUGUAAAUAAAGUGCAGAACUUUUCA